AUGGAUAUUGAACGAAAUUUAGGCAAGAAUUUCUUCGUUCUUUCGUCUGUUGUAAGACAUUGUUUAUGUUUCUUUUCAUUUCUUUUGAUUCAUAACAAUUUCCACAAUCCAGAUCUUUACAAGAUUUGUGGUUCUUCAGUCACUUUUCCAUUUCAAUAUCUCAUCAUCUAUUCAUAUUAUUCAAUGUCCAGUUUUUUCACUUUCUUAAUCACUCGCCUAGAUUCUCUUCAAAGAGACAGCUUCUCACUCCAAUUACAAUUCUAUCCAUCUACCGAACUGUCUUUAUCAAUAACAAUCUAUAAUUUGUUUAUAUUUAUCUAUCGGGAUAGUAUUACAUCAGUUGCUCUAUCAAUAUAUAUAGUAUUUACUAUUGAGUAUUUUCAUUAUCAUUCUCAUUCUAUCUAUCUAUCUAUCUAUCUAUCUAUCUAUCUAUCUAUGGAUGGAUGUCCUGAACAUUUCUAG